AUGAGAUGUAUUGAUUUAGGGUUGAAAACUGCUCUUAUUGUGACUCCUGUAAAUGUGUUGCACAUUUGGCGAAGUGAGUUUAUGAAGUGGAGGCCUUCAGAAGUGAAACCACUUCGCAUUUUCAUGCUUGAACAAGAUCAUACGAGAAUGAAAGGCUUGGAGAGGAGAUUGGACUUGCUAANGAAGUGGCGAAAUAAGGGUGGAGUCUUCUUGAUGGGGUAUGCCGCUUUUAGAAAUCUGUUUCUUGGGAGGGGGGGUAACGCCUUGAGGGAGGGACCUGAUAUACUGGUUUGCGACGAGGCUCACAUUAUCAAGAACACCAGGGCUGACACAACGCAAGCAUUGACACAAGUUAAAUGCCAGCGAAGAAUUGCCUUAACCGGGUCGCCCCUUCAAAACAAUCUCCUGGAAUAUUAUUGUAUGGUUGAUUUUGUAAGAGAAGGAUUCCUCGGGAGUAGCCCUGAGUUUAGAAAUCGCUUCCAAAAUCCAAUAGAAAACGGACAGCAUAUGAAUUCAACUGCGGAGGACGUGAAAAUUAUGAACCAGAGAUCACACAUCCUGUAUGAGCAACUGAAAGGAUUUGUACAAAGAAUGGACAAGAAUGUUGUGAAAAAGGAUCUACCACCUAAAACUGUCUUCGUAAUAUCUGUCAAGCUAUCACCCUUGCAGCAGAAAUUGUAUAAGAGAUUUCUUAAGCUGUAUGGGUUCAGCGUUGGAAGAACAGAUGAAAGGAUGAGAAAAAACUUUUUUGCUGCUUACCAGGUCUUGGCUCAGAUUUUGAAUCAUCCAGGGAUUCCGCAAUUAAGAAGAGAAGAUAGCAAAAACGGUCGUCGUGGUAGCAUUGUUGAUAUUCCAGAUGACUGUUCAUGUGAUGAAAAUAUAGACUCCAACAUGGUUGUGGGAGAGAAACAGAGAACUAUGAGUGAUUUGCAGGAUAAGGUUGAUGGCUACCUCCAGAAGGAUUGGUGGGUCGACCUACUUCAGAAAAAUAAUUACAAGGUGUCGGAAUAUAGUGGUAAAAUGAUUUUGCUGUUGGAUAUUUUAUCCAUGUGUGCUGAUGUGGGUGAUAAGGCGNUCGUGUUUAGCCAGAGUAUCCCGACAUUGGAUCUCAUAGAACUUUAUCUAUCGAGNCUACCUCGUCAUGGUAAACAAGGAAAGUUCUGGAAAAAGGGAAANGACUGGUAUAGAAUUGANGGAAAAACNGAAAGCUCAGAACGCCAGAAGUUGGUUGAUNAGUUCAAUGAGCCUGAAAACAAAAGGGUGAAAUGCACUCUAAUCUCAACCAGNGCAGGAUCCCUUGGAAUAAACCUUUAUGCUGCUAACCGUGUGAUCAUCGUUGAUGGUUCAUGGAAUCCAACCUAUGAUCUUCAAGCUAUAUUUCGAGCCUGGAGGCAUGGCCAAAAGAAGCCAGUAUUUGCGUACAGGCUGAUGGCACGUCGGACUAUUGAAGAGAAAAUAUAUAAACGGCAGGUGACCAAGGAGGGACUCGCUGCGAGAGUGGUGGAUAGACAACAAGUGCACAAGACUAUCUCCAAAGAAGAGAUGUUACAUCUUUUUGAAUUAGACGACGAUGAUGAUGAAAAGUCCGAUGCUGAUAUAAGCAAGCAAAUCGAUGCAAGAAAUAACCAAAACACUAGAUUACGGAUGGAGAAUUCACAGAAACAGAAGGCCAGUGUAUAUUCUUCACAGAAACAGAAGGCCAGUGUAUCUCGCGUUGGUUGCUACUCUGACAAAUUGAUGGAGAACUUACUACAGAGACACAGCCCCAGCUGGAUUUCCAGUUUCCAUGAGCACGAGACAUUGCUACAAGAGAACGAAGAAGAAAGACUGACGGAGGAAGAAAAAGACAUGGCCUGGGAAGUUUACAGAAGAGCGCUUGAGUGGGAAGAAGUUCAGCGAGUCCCACUCAACGAAUCUCCAGUGCUCCGAAAACCUCCCCCUUCUGUACAAACAGAAGCCGUACGCCAGCUAAAGGGGGUUCAACAAAAGUCGGUUUGUGAUCCGGAACUGCACAAGAAUCGCGCAUCAGCUUACACUCAUAAGCCAAGGAAGAAAAGUCGGUAG